AUGUUUCCAAGUUUUAAAUCUCUCCGCGAUCGAAAAAAUAAAUUGAAGCAACUCGCUGAAGAGAACAGUGAGGAGCUUCAAUUAGCACGCAUUAAGAAUGAUCGAUACAAACUAACGCAAUGGGCUACUGAUCUGGAUCAAACUAUAGAUGCUUCAAAGCUUCAACAAUUGCUAAGGAAUGUAGCUCCAACAAUGACAUCAGCAGGUGUACAAGCAGCUCCAUCAAUGACAACGAUGGGAAUACAAGCAACACCUUCUAUGACAACAAUGGGUAUGCAGGCAGUACCGGAAAUGACAACAAUGGACAGUCAAUACGAUUUAGAGGACAUUGGAGAUGAGGAAGAUUCAUUAAGUGAUAUUGAUGAUUCGCGAAGUACAUAUGAGUUUGGAACUCAAGUUGAAUCAACCGAUUUCAAUUUCCAAAAAAAUGCUCGAGACAAAAUAAUCGAUCAAUACACCAUCAAUCCAACUAUUAUCAAAAGAAAGGUCAAUCCAAUACUUAAUUCUGGUACUCCAGAUAAAAAUGUAUACAUUGGAACAGACGGCAAACUAUUCAGCGUGAAUAACGGGAAGUUAGCAAACAAACCACUGAAUAACUAUGAUUGGGUUGCAACCUAUGAUUACAUAAUGAAAAUUAUUGAUAUAGACAUGAAAGACAGUGCGGUCGGAUCAUCACAACAAUUUGGUUUCAACAUUGAAUCUGGAGCAUACGAAGUGCUUCGUGAUAUUUUGAUGAACAACACCUUUCCCGAGGGUACGAGAUUACCAAUCCCGUACAAAAAAGGAAAAAACCAACAUGGUGGUUUUAUUCCUGUAAAUGGAGGUUUUAGAGUAAAAUUAGUGGAUGGAGAAUUAAAAGUUUUUGAUGGUGAUCGAAUGAAAUCUAACAGCCAAGUCUCGUGGGAAUCGACUCUUGAUAUGUACAUCAAAUUUUUAAAGCAAAACAAUAUCGUUUUCAAGCAAUCACCGAUGUUUAAAAAUACCGAUUUAAAUACCUUUGCCAACAAUAGAACUACUAUUGAAUUUGUUGAUCCAUCUGACAAGGCAAUUGCCGAUAGCAACAAACAAGUGAAAGAUAUCCUUAUCAGAUUAUACAAUGACAACCCUUGGUUAGCGGAUGAGAAGGUAUUUCUUGAAGGGCCAAAGAUUGGUAAGAAAACAUAUUACCUUGGUGAAUAUGCAGCAAUCAUGAGUAAGAAACAGCAGGAAAUCAGUCCGUCUAUUAAGAGUCGCGUUGAUAAAAAUGCUAACUGGCUUGGAGCCCUUAACUAUAUUGCGGAUAGAUAUGGAGAUCGACUUGUAUCUGCGGACAUUACACUCAAGUCUGUCAAUCCAAAACGAUUCCAAAGAGCUCUCUCAUUUGACUCCAUGAGUGGUUUAGGUGUUGCAGAAGUUAAAGGACGUCGAAGCAUUCUAAAACACGAAUUCGAUAAACUUCAAGGUGCUCGUGGUUUAGGUAAUGAUAAUCGUCGCUUGGAAAGAGAAUUAAAAUUGAUUCGACGAGCUUUUUGA